UUUGCGAGAUAUAUAUUUACUAACGAAAAACGUCCGAGCAACGUAUACAAGCAUUAAAUCCUGAAUUGAAUUGUAACUAAAUAUUAAAAGGCUAAAUUCAUUAUUUUCAAUAUACAUUUAUCAAUACGUUUUUUUUUUCACUCUCAUUUCAUUGGAACCUUUGAAAAUGAAAACAUGAUGUUGCCUAAAAAUAUUUUGAUCGUUUUAAUGGUAGAGGUGAUCAAGAAAGUUGAUGCAUAUCCACAAUGCGUCAAAGAGGAUGGAAUUCCAGUUGCUGCAAGAAUUUAUAGCAGAGCUGCUAGUACUAUGAAUAACUGUUUAAAUGAUUGCUAUAGAUACCAAAUGGAACAUAAUAAUAACUUUUACAAUGGGAUAUCUUAUCAGCCAAACGUGUGCAGAUGCUUGGCUAACAUGACGGAUAUCAUACCCAUAAGUCCAAAUGGAACAAAAACAUGCUUUUUCGGACCUCGUGUUGAAGAGUUAUCACUGACUUUACUGGAAUUGCCGAAACAAUAUGAGAUUGAAGCGGGAACAACGUUUGAGCACGUCUUUAGCAUGUCAUACACUAAUAUGUUUAAUCCUUCGUUUCAAACACUCAAUAUAGCAUCCAUGCCUAACAAAAAGAGGCGGCCAUCAGCCAUAACUGGAGUCAUUACAAAUUCUAAAGACGGCUAUAAUCUUCCGUCCCGCAGUGGUGGCUGGAAUAAACGCAAAGAUGAUUUUGGGGUACAAUACCAACUCUGGGGGCAUAGAGAAAUUCUUUAUCUGGUAGACGAAGCAAAUAUCAUUGGAAAUCACUUGCAAUAUGCAACAAAUUUUGAGAUGGGAGACUCUUCAGAAGACACUGACAUACUAUUUGUGGCUUUUAUUGUGAAACACCGAACUGAUUAUGGAAUAUCCAUUCGUCAUGCUUUUAUGACUCAAAUGCAAGGAAACGACCAAUCCCGUGCGACACUGCACCCUCUUCCUUGGUUUAAUUUUAACAGAGGUCAAAAACCAUUUGGAUAUACAGAAUCUGUCUCAGACAUACAAAUUAGCAACGAAGGGAAUGCAACGGGAACAAAUUAUACCUUGGAAUUACUUUUUCCCUCGAUUGUUAAUUUGAAGGAUUUGCCUGAGAUAUCUUUUGUGAAGGAUUGUGGAUCGGGUUCCAUAUAUGUGCAAGAAAAUGCAUUGCGACUCACGUUUCAAUAUCUUGCUGUUGCUAUGAACCAUUGCAAACUUAACUUGCGGUGGAAAACCGACGCCAAAGAGUUAAAAACCACCCGCAACAAUAUGGAUUACUACAUUUAUGGUCUUGUAACUUAUUGCCCUUAUCGCGAAUGCAAUUCAGUAGAUAAACGAGCUGAAAUGGAGGAAUUCAAAUGGGCAUUUCGAGUAUAUGGGAGGAACAAAUUAGAUGAGUACAAACAGUUUCGCAUCAAGAAUGUGAACAAUGGACGAUGUUGGGAUGUACGAGAUGACGAUUACCAAGUCGAAGCACACACUAAGUGCCAAACUGAAUUCAAGUACACCAGUGACAAUUACAUAGUUGAUGCAAACUCUGGCAGAAAACUUGCGCUCUACGCAGUUAUUCAGGGCAAAAAGUACGUAUACAAAGCACACGUAUCAGCGGGAAGUCAAUUAUAUUAUACACACGACAACCACAUCGUUCACUAUUAUUCCGAACAUGAUAUCCUCUGCGUAAUGGCAAACGGAACCGAGAUACUAAGAAGCAAUUGGUAUAGCCGAUUAACCACAAAAUGUCCGUCAUAUUAUGGUGUGCAGCCAACUGCAAUGAAAAUACUGGAAGGUUGGGAUGAUUAUAACCUUGACAUGAGAUCUGUACUCAAAGCAACAACUCCACUUGGCGAAACUAUUUUUAUAUGCAACCCUGGAGGCGACAAAGGAAACAAGUACAAUUGCUUUUAUUCAAACAAUAGUGGCAACUCGUGGACAGCGAUGGAUGCUCUCAUUACAAAUAUCCGUUUCUACUCGGCUAGUUCCGAAUCUAUUUAUGGGACAAUGAAUCGGGGAAACAGUUUCUUUCAACUGCUACUGGCAGGCGGAGGGCUCACACAUGUAAAACCUCUCAGUGAAGUUGACUACAAUGCUGUGUUAUCACAAGAAACCAACAUUCACACGCAGGCAUUUAACAAUGUUGAUCUGACGGAAGUUAAAGUUCAAAGUGUGUUUGGAUCAGAUGUUCAAGUUUCGUCACAUGGAGUGUACGUUAUGGUAAAUGCUGUCCUCAAGAAAGUUUUUGCAUGGGGAUAUUAGGAGUGGGUAUUUGAACGUAGUUAAAGACGAAUCAGUAAUGUUGUGGACGAUAUUUCUUUUAUCCGGAUUGGUAAACAACGCGAUACGCAAAAUAGACCUUUGUCGUAAUCGAUGUAUAUGGCGCGGCGAAUUUAUUUCCUUUCCAAGAAGGUUUAAAACAUCGACACAAUCUUUAUUACAUUAUUUUUUACAUAGAACUUAAUUUCACUGACUCACUCACUCCAAUUGCUGCACGCGAGGAUAAACAAAUCCGAUUGAUUUUACUUAUCUUUCAAUAGAGCUGUGAAAAUUGAUAGCAUCAGUUUUUCGUGUAAAGUUGAGUUUAAAGUGUUUCCCAUUCGUAUAAUAUUCAUGAAAAUUAUUAUUUCGAAAUUAUUAUUUUUUUUUUCUCAAAACUUAUUUAACAUAACGAGUUUAGCCAAUUCAACCUUUAAUUAAAAACAAAACAAAACAAAAUAUUCUAAAAUUUAGAAUUAGUAAGCUUAUUAUAACCAAAGAAGAAUAAGUUCCAACAGACCAGUUAACAUGGUUUGUAAAAAUUAAUAUUUAAAAAGCAUUUAAAAGCUAAGGUAAAUUGACCUGAUGCAUAGAAAUAGAAUGCGAAUAUAAAUUACUUAAAAAUUUUAACACAGCAGAUCUAGAAAGACCUUGCUAGACAAAAUUUAAUCCACAGGUUGUGUUCUUAUCUUAACGGGCCUCUAGAAUGUAACAACUUGUCAAAAAAAAAUUCGGCCUGCGCAAUCAAAUAAGGACCUUUUAUGUUUAAUAUUUAUAUUCCAUGCUCACAAUCACACAUUUUUGUAAUACGAAAAGUCUGUAUUAGACUUUAAUUUUAUUGUUAGACGAAUUUGUUAACGAUUAUUUUCAUACGAAUUUCUCACCAUGUAUGUAAGCAUACAUAAUAAAAAUUGUAUUUCAACGAUGGCAUUUUAUGUUUAUUGUGAAUUGCUAUGUUGAUAACUCAGUAAAGUAUAUUGACGUUAAAUUUAAUCAAAAACAUUUAAAUGACUAAAUUUUAAUGAGGCAAUAACCUGGUCAGAACCGAAAAUCUUUUUUCAGAAAUUUAAUAAAACGUUUGCAUUGUUGUUAGCAUAUUAUUAUAGGCGACUAGUCGUGAGACCGUGAAAAAUUAAACGGGGUAUCGGACGUAUAUAAAUCUCCUGCAAUUCUAUUUCGUGCAAUAUUUGGACGGGAAAUACUUGGACGAGAAUUAAUACUAUGAUUAUAUGUGCCAUUAUAAUACCCUUCUCGAUUUAACAGCCUCCUGGUUUCUAAACAUUGCAGAAUGUUGCGAACGUCAACUAGAUCCAUCUAUUUUCAAGAAGAAGCAAUGGAAUUUAUUUUGCAGAUAUUUAACUUCUGAGUAGUACUUUUCCAUUCUUAACCUCGCUCCCAGGGCUUUAUGUCUCUUGCUGGCGCUGCGUUUAUUGAUAAGCCUGCCGAAAAAGGCCUUGACAGUUAUAACUACGGCCCAUUGAACACACAAUAGACAUUGAGUAGACAACUAGUGACAGUGCUAAAACAAGACGUUAAAAAGCAAGUAGAAAGUGUAGUACUUUUUAGUGUUUUAGUGUUUUUUCCACAAAAGAAGUUUCCAAUGAAAUGUCUAAUACGUUAUUUCUAAACGUGCUUUAAUUCGCCAUAACGCAUACUUUAAUUCUUUUUCAUACUAGAUCGUGCUUGUCCUUUACAUGUAACAUUUGAAAAGUUGUCAUAUUUGUAAUAUUAGAUGUCAUUAUCCAUUGGCUUAGCCCCAGUAUCCAUUUAGGCAUGUUUGAGCUUUCUUCAGCCCAUUUUGUUAAAAUAUAAAGUCCAACAAGUGAUAUGAAAAUAAAGAUAAUGACUUAAAACUGGUUAUAGGAUAUAUCUUUUUAAAUCGAUCUGAUAGAUUUAGAAUGCAAUGUGGUUUUGUAAUAAACAUACUUUUCGAGUU